AUGGCUUCUGCUAACGAGUACAUUUUGACGGAUGAAUCCGACUACGAUGGCGACUACUCCCCUCAAGGUCUCGAAGAGGCCGGCGCCAUGCAGUUCGAUGGCGAUGAGGAGGACGACGUUGAGAACGACGGCAUCGUGCAAGGCACAAGAAGACGACGAGGUGCACGCUCCCAGGCACCGACUGAGCCCGAAGAGCCCCGACCGACGAGACCGGCAAGACGCAGAGCACCCAAGCGAGGAAGGAGUCCGUCGGCAGAAGUCGUCUUGCCAGACAGAACCAAGAGGAAGAAGACGAGCCAUCCGACGCCAAACAGUGGCGGAGUCGCGGAGCGGUCUCGAGAAGAGGACAGUUCCCAUUCAUCCUCGCCUGAGCCUACCGAGGGUCACGUUCUGUGGGACCUUGUGCGAGAGAAAUUGUCAAAGAAUAUGUCUACGGCCCGAGUUCGAGAGUAUAUGGAUGAGACGCUUCCUAUCCUGACGAAACGUCAGCUCGAUCGCUUGUUCCCAAAGAAGUUGCCCAAGUCGAAAUACGACGAAGACUGGACCAGGAAAGAUGAGAAGAAGCUGCAGAGGGAGUGGAAGAAGAACGCUGAGCGGGAAUUGCUCGUGACCUUCAAGUAUACCCCAGCUGAGCUCAUUGGGCUUUGGAAGGUCUGGCUGCGCGUCUGGCGCUGCUCGCCACAGUUGUUCAUAUCCAAGUACAACAACAUGGAAUUCGACACCAGCGUUGUCGAUGAGAUCGAAAUCGAAAAGAAUGGUCAAGUCUACAAGAGACGACCGGCCGUAUGGUCGGUAGCAUUCUGUCGGAACCUUCACCACCUGUCUCUCCAUCCCGUCUGGAUGGGGAGCCUCGACUUGCUCGCAAUCGCUCUGCAGUACGCCUCCAUCUUACGCACGAGGAACUACCAGGACUGGCCGCUGGCUAAUCCGAUGGACGACAACUUCCUCGCCACCUUUAUCAAUGUGAUUGAGAAGUACAAGGGCAAAGGCAAGUCGCUGCCCGAGCUACACAAGAAGACAAGAUCGCGAAUGACCCACAAAGCCCUGAAUGCAUCACCUCUGUCAACCUUGAUGCUAGAUCUUGAGGGGAGCAUUGUCACCGACGCCGAGCCUCGCACGAAUGGCAGGAAGUUUCGAACAUAUAAAAUUAGCAUUCACGAGAUCAACAACAUCAUCAGGGCCUUGGCCAACUCUACAUACAUGGGCAUGCCACAAUGGGGAGGCUUCACGCCCAAGGAAUAUGCCAAGCUCGCCGUCUACGGCCGAAGGCCAUUGAAUGAGUUACCAAACAAGAGCAACAUUGCUGACGUUUACGAGCGAGCCAUUCUUGUGCGUUUGCGAUGGGAAGCAAAGAACAAGAAACGCCGAGCCCGACUCAACGUGCCAAAGACUGAGCCUUUUAGAGUCACAAGUCGCCACAGGGCAGCACGUGAAGAUCAAACGACGGGGAACGCUCAACUGAGAGCGGAUCUUGACGAUUCAAUACGCCAGAAAGAAGCCUUAGAGGCUGAAUUACGAGCACGACCACAAAUCGAGGAGCGUAGGAGACGUACCGCUGACGAGAACGCGCACCUGGAGGAACUCCAGGCCGAAAACAAAGAGUUGAGGGAGAGAUUGGAACGUGAAGCUAGCGAACAUGCACAGAUGGAGGAAAUCUAG